GACAUAGGAACUGGUGACAAGAAGGUGACUGUGGAGCCUGAAUUUCUGAGGAUGGAAAUCUGCAUAAGACAGUGUCAGAAACACUCACAGUGAUGGAGCCCCCCACCUCUGAGUCUAGGGGGUGCCCUGAACUCAGACUAGGGGUGCUGUUGGGAAACCCAGAAGGGCAGAGCCUGCAGAGCUCCCCCUCCCAGGAGGGAGGUUUCAAGCAGGUGACAGUUACCCAUUGGAAGAUCCAAACAAGAGAGGCAGCCCAGGCGGGCAGUAUAUCAGGCGGAGGCCCAGUUCUGAGAUCUAACCUGCUCAUACUUGAAAGAGAGCUUGUAGAAGGGGAGGCCCACCCAUGUGAGACUUGUGGCAAAAGCUUCCCAUUUAAUUCGGACCUAAUUGGACAUCAGAUUUCUCAUACUGGGGAGAAACUUUACAAAUGUGAUCAAUGUGGGAGAGGCUUCAGCCAGAGCUCCCACCUUGCUGAGCAUCAGAGAGUUCACACUGGAGAGAGACUCUAUGUGUGUAACGUGUGUGGGAAAGAUUUCAUUCACUAUGCAGAUCUUACUGAGCAUCAGAGUGCACAUGCAGGGGAAAAGCCAUUCAAAUGUGCGCAGUGUGGGAAAACAUUCUGUCACAGCUCAGACCUGAUUCGACACCAGCGAGUUCAUACCCGAGAGAGACCUUUUGAAUGCAAAGAGUGUGGGAAAGGCUUCAGUCAGAGCUCACUACUUAUUCGACAUCAGAGAAUUCACACAGGAGAAAGACCCUAUGAAUGUAAUGAAUGUGGAAAAUCCUUCAUCAGGAGCUCAAGCCUUAUUCGACAUUAUCAGAUCCACACAGAAGUGAAACAGUAUGAGUGUAAGGAAUGUGGGAAGGCCUUCCGUCAUCGCUCAGACCUCAUCGAACAUCAGAGAAUUCACACUGGAGAGAGGCCCUUUGAAUGUAACGAAUGUGGAAAAGCCUUUAUUCGGAGUUCAAAGCUUAUUCAGCAUCAGAGAAUCCAUACUGGAGAAAGGCCUUAUGUAUGCAAUGAGUGUGGAAAGCGUUUCAGCCAGACAUCAAACUUUACUCAGCAUCAGAGAAUUCACACUGGAGAGAAACUCUAUGAAUGUAAUGAAUGUGGCAAAGCUUUCUUUCUGAGUUCAUACCUUAUUCGACACCAGAAAAUCCACACUGGGGAGAGGGUAUAUGAAUGUAAGGAAUGUGGGAAAGCCUUUCUCCAGAAAGCGCAUCUCACGGAACAUCAGAAGAUCCACACUGGGGACAGGCCCUUUGAAUGUAAAGACUGUGGGAAAGCUUUCAUUCAGAGCUCCAAGCUUCUUCUGCAUCAGAUUAUUCAUACUGGAGAAAAGCCCUAUGUAUGUAGUUAUUGUGGGAAAGGCUUUAUUCAGAGGUCGAACUUCCUUCAACACCAGAAAAUUCAUGCUGAAGAGAAACUCUAUGAAUGUAGUCAGUAUGGGAAAGAUUUCAACUCAACCCCAAACUUUAAAAAUAAUCAAGGUAUUCACCAAGAGGGACUUCCCUUGAGUAAGAACCCCAUACAUUUGGGUGAGAAGUCUGUAGGUCAGGGAGAACAUACAGAUAACUUAUGAAUUGAUUAUUUUCCAACUCAAUGAGUGAUGUUUGGAAGUGAGUGGCAUGAGUCCUAAUUCAUGUGGCUUUGGAUGUGUCAGCAUUUCCUGAAGUCACAGGUGGGGCCGCUUUAGGAGUGGGCUACCACCUACCACUUUGCAGCAGUGCUGGACUGCUGUCCUCCUCAGCUAGGAACACGUAUGCGCAGGAGAGCUACAAGACUGGACACCUGACUCUGAGCUGGAACAAUGUGGGGGGAGGAGCUAGGUCUCCAGGUUUCUAUAUUUUAUUGCACAAUUACAAUUCACCCCUGAGUUAAAUCCCUUUUAAAGCAGAACUGCGUACAGGUGUACCUCAGAGAUAUUGCAGGUUCCAUUCCAGACCACUGCAAUAAAGCGAAUUGCAAUAAAGCAAG